UUAGAAGGGAAGAGGGGACCAAUGCAAAUAAUGCACAGUGGAUAAUAAAAGAUGCUUACGUGCCAGCAUUUUUUUCCAAUUUCUUGAAUCUCUCUCUUUAAACACCUUUAUCCAUAAAAUUUCUCAUAGAAUUCUCCCUCAAAUAACCCACAAGAAGAAUAAAUUGAUGGCAAAGAUCGCAGGGAAUCUUGCAUUGAAAUGUUUACAUAUAUUAGUUCUGUAUGUCUAUGUGACAUCGGUGGUUCUUGCAGCCAGAGUGCUGCCUGUUCACCCCUAUUUGCAGAGCAAUGAGAAGCCCAUCAGCAAUAUUUUUGAUACUUCAAAGUAUGGUAUUUUGCAGAUUAAGAAUGGGUUGGCUGAUACACCUCAGAUGGGAUGGAAUAGCUGGAAUUUCUUUGCUUGCAAUAUCAAUGAAACAGUAAUCAAGGAAACAGAAUGCUUCAGACACACUUGGAUUUUUAGUUCACUUUGGAAACACAAAUAUGCACCUCAAGGGAGUUUUAUUUGCAACUUUAAUUAUACUGAUGCACUUAUUUCAACUGGUUUGGCCAAGUUAGGCUAUAUCUAUGUGAAUAUAGAUGAUUGCUGGUCUGGGACAAAACGAAAUUCGAAGGGUCAAUUGGUUCAUGAUCCAAAAACUUUUCCAUCAGGAAUCAAAGCUCUUGCCGACUAUGUACAUUCUAAGGGCCUCAAGCUUGGCAUAUACUCGGAUGCAGGGGUUUUCACUUGUCAAGUUCGAGCUGGAUCACUUUAUCAUGAAUAUGAUGAUGCAGCACUAUUUGCGUCUUGGGGUGUCGAUUACUUGAAAUACGACAACUGUUUCAAUCUGGGCAUUAAACCAGAGAAAAGAUACCCACCCAUGCGUGAUGCUCUAAAUGCGAGUGGGCGAGCAAUAUUUUAUUCAAUAUGUGAAUGGGGUGAAGAUGACCCUGCUUUAUGGGCAGGCAAGGUGGGAAAUAGUUGGCGAACAACUGAAGACAUUAAUGAUACAUGGGCAAGCAUGACUGCAAUCGCGGACAUCAAUGACAAGUGGGCACCCUAUGCAGGACCUGGUGGAUGGAAUGAUCCUGAUAUGUUAGAAGUUGGAAAUGGGGGUAUGACUUACCUGGAGUACAGAGCACAUUUUAGCAUUUGGGCUCUAAUGAAGGCCCCACUUUUGGUUGGCUGUGAUGUAAGGAAUAUGACUGCGGAGACAUUUGAAAUUCUAAGCAACGAGGAGGUUAUUGCUGUAAACCAGGAUCGACUUGGAGUUCAAGGGAGAAAAGUUUAUGUUUAUGGGAAUGAUAAUUGCUAUCAGAUUUGGGCCGGUCCGCUGUCUGGAAAUCGUUUGACUGUUGCUUUAUGGAAUCGGUGUUCAAAACCUGCAACUAUUACAGCUAAAUGGGAUGCACUCGGACUUGAUUCUUCCAUCACCGUCUCUGUAAGAGAUCUGUGGAAGCACAAGUUUGUUUCAGCCAAUAGUGUGGGCUCGUUUAGUGCGAAUGUUGAUUCGCACAGCUGUGAAAUGUACAUUUUUACUCCUCAGACGGAGACUGCAAGUUUUGGACAUUGAAAACGAAGAGAAAGGUUAGUAUGUUGGUUAUUUAGGUGUUCUCCAGUCCAUGGUCGCUGUCUUUUUCAAGUUUUAGUGAAGUUCUUCAGCAUUGAUUGUUGUCAAUGUAUAAAUAAAAGUAAGUGGUUGGCUUGUGGACCUGCAAAGAUUAUUAGAAAGGGAUGUAAUGCAUCGCUUUGGUAUGUGGAGCUUAAGAGUAAGUCCUUACUGGUUUGCUUGUUUUAGGCAUACUUGUGGACCUGCAAAGAUUAUUAGAAAGGGAUGUAAUGCAUCGCUUUGGUAUGUGGAGCUUAAGAGUAAGUCCUUCCUGGUU